AAGGUUAUAAGGGAAACCGGGCGAAUUUCUCAUAAUGAAGCAUUGACGCUUACAUGUAUGAUAUAAAUAUACGCCCUUGGCCUAGGGUUCCAGAGAAUCCUUGAGCAUAUUACUUUCUCCUGCUUUAGGAAUUUAGCAAAAUAUCGAGAAUUGAAUUUAUUAUCCAUAAAGGCCUGUAACUAGGAUUUUCUUACUUUGGUUGAAGCGAAUUUAUACUUAACGGUUUUAUUUUGCUUUCUUCAUUUAAUCAUUAUUUAUUUUUUUUAAGGGACACCGAAUUGUUAGAAAUAGGUAUCACAUAUUAAACGAGUUCUUCGGUGAUCGUCUGUUUUCAGUUUCACAUAUCGAUUUGUUAAUGUUUAAUACCUUGAUUUUCUUCUGCUUUUGUAAUUUCAAGAUCUUGUCCUCAUAAUGCAAAUCACUCGUGAAACCAAAUAUAUUCUUGGAAGCGUUUUGUCGUUGGGCAUCAGCUUUUCUGCAUUACUAGCUCACAUAUUUUCUAGCCCAUCUCUUCCAUGGGUUUAUAAUCACAAUGCAACUCCCUUUUUCGCGAAUAAACUCAUGCUGAGUAUCUACAUUGGUAUUGAAUACCUGUCCUUCCUCAGCAUGAACAUUCCUCUGUUGCUGCUAGGCGACCAGGUGAAUGAUUUUACCUUUUCUAUUAUUCAUUCGUCUAUUUGGUACAACAUCCUCUUUGUCUUAACCAUAAUUCUGUUUGUGCGCGAGAAGUUAUACUGGACAGCAUUGCUUUCACUGUUUUUGUUUUCCACGGCCUUCACCAUGUAUAGCCAAUCCCUUCGAUUAAGAAAUGGCGUCAUCGAAAUGCUUACUAUGAAAUUUCCUUCGAAACUUGUCUUUGGAAAGGCGCUUUGGUUUGUCGUCUAUGCUUUUUCGGCUGCAGUCCAUUGCCGAAGCAUUGGAUGCCGUGUCUUUUCAAACGUUUUCAUUUGGUUUGUAGCAAUUUUGUAUUUAGCACCCAUUUUGGGCUUUCAUGAUUGGGCUCUCUCCCUCAUUAGCGCUUACUUAUUUGGCGCCAUUGGUGUCGGCCAGCUGUUUAUCCACCUCUUUGCCCUCCAACACAUUUUUGCUUUCAUCAUUUGUGGAUUAAUGAUUCUCUUUGCUGUUCUUCUGUUCUUCCUUCCUUACAGACAAAGACGUGCUUCUUUAACGGGCGAAAGCGCUCCACUUUUGCAAAAUGAUUCCGGUAGCACGCCAGCUGGUAAUGCUGUAUAAAGACUUAAUGAAAAUAGUGUAAUGCAGGCUUUUGUUUAGUUUUUUUUGACGCGCUUUGUUUUUAAUAUAAUGUUACGAUCCCAUCAACAUAAUAGUAUAAAGGAAAAACUGAAUUACGGGUCAUGUAGUCAGCGAUGUAAGGUAAGUGAAUAUUGAAGUAAAGAACAUCCAUUUCU